GAAUAUGUUUAUUUAAGCAAAAGAAAGGACGACACAAACCAACACCGUCCACAACAACCGUCGGCCUUCUUCUCCGGUCAAAUCAAAUCAAAUCAAUUCCAUUAAUUUCCAUAAGUUAUUUGAUAUUGCUAUUUUAUUGCAAUGUCAUCACUAAAGUCAGCUUCUAAAGCUGCGUGCCAGUUAAUUUUAUGCAAAAAUGGUGGCAGGCGGCUACUGAGAAGGGUACAAAACAAUCCAGUACUUAAUGGUUGUACUCAAACUCGGUGUUUUAGGAGUGUUGGUAAUAUUGAAACAUUGCCAUUUUCUUGUCAAGUUAUUGGUGGUACCCGUAAGGAGGCUCCUUUAUCCUUGCAAAGUAUGUCUACUGGUAUUAUUACUCAAAGGAGAAGGUUUCUUGGUUGUGGUGAUGGGGAUGAGGGUAGCAAUGUUUUGUCUAAAGUUCACGAAGAGAAGCGUGUCAUGGGGUAUUCUCCAGAGCAGUUAUUUGCAGUAGUUGCUGCUGUCGACAUGUAUCAAGAUUUUCUCCCCUGGUGCCAACGAUCAGAUAUAAUUCAACGUCAUUCAGAUUCGGCUUUUGAUGCUGAGUUGGAGAUUGGUUUCAAAUUUCUUGUUGAAAGCUAUGUAUCUCAUGUACAAAUGGAGAAACCGAAAUUGAUAAAGACGACUUCAUCACAAAGCAGCCUUUUUGAUCAUUUAAUAAACAUUUGGGAGUUCAAUCCGGGACCUGUUCCAGGAACAUGUGACCUUCAUUUCUUUGUGGAUUUUAAGUUUCAGUCACCCUUGUACUCACAGAUGGCAUCCAUGUUCUUCAAGGAAGUGGUCUCUCGGCUAGUUAGUUCAUUCAAUGACCGUUGUCGUCUGAUAUAUGGGCCCGGGGUCCCAGUUCUUGAACAACCUAUUGAGCGAAGGGCAUGAAACUAACUGGUUAAAGAUUUGGAGGAUGGAUCCUAAUUCUAAAUCUUGAAUAUUGGAUAUUUGACAAUACGGUUAAACGACUCACCAAUUCUUUUGGUAUUUUCCAAAGCCAUUGAAUGAUUCAAGAUCAAAGGGGAUUCACCGUUGAAACCAUAUGUUUCCAAAUUCUGUUCACAGUCAACUGUUUUGAAAAGUCUCCGCUGUUGUAAAACACUGCAACGAAUUUGGUCUUUAGAAAUUGUUGCACACUUUGUUUAGAUUGUAUCUAGUUUACACAUUUAUACAUCUUAUCUUUGGCCUCAGCACCUGUAGACAACAAUUGAAUUAAUGAUAAUAAAAAACACAAAAUUUAGUAGAUC